AUGGACCGAAACCUCAACAACCUGCUCAAAUGGAGCAUCGAGAACUCUGUUCCCUCCAGCACCACGCCCGCCAGUACCGAUAGUGCUGACAGACCGACCGCCAUUACAGCUCGUCCGUCUGACACCCCUUCCACCGGCGCGGCGACGGCCCCGCCCGCCAGUAACGUUAACCCGGAACUUCUUUCUGCGCUUUUCGGCGGGCCGUCCGAAGCCGAUUUGAUGCGUGCCGCAAUGGAGGUCGUUACGGACCCGACAGCGACCCUCGACAACAAACUGAUCGCGUUUGAUAACUUCGAGCAGUUGAUCGAGUCGCUGGACAAUGCGAACAACCUGGAGCCACUGGGUCUCUGGACGCCGCUGCUUUCGGUACUAGCAACCCCCGCGAAGAGCGAAGAAGAAGAGGAGAUAAAAACGUACGAACCCGAGCUGCAGCGCAUGGCUGCCUGGUGUGUGGGGACGGCGGUGCAGAAUAACGUCAAGAGCCAAGAGCGACUCUUAGCGAUGGGUGGUGUGCCGACGUUAUUAAAAUUAGCGACGGCAGAGGACGGGGAUGUGGGCGUGAGGCGAAAGUCGAUUUAUGCCCUCAGCUCGGCGGUGCGAAACUAUCAACCUUCCAUGGAUGUGGUGGUAGAGGGGCUAGCGAAGUAUGGGAGGGGGGAGAAGGUGGACGCGGCGGAUAUGGAUGCUGUGGAUGGGGUCAUAGACUGGUUGAGGGAAAGGGUGAAGGGCAAGGCAUGA